AUGCUGCUCGUCCACCCGUCGUCGCAGUGCGACGUCUGCCUAGACCCCUACACUUGGAACACAGCCGCGAAGUCGCCACAUGCUAUACAGUGUGGCCAUGUCUUCUGUCUCGACUGCCUGCGGUCGGUGCACCCGACCAACUGCCCCCUCUGCCGCAAAGGCUUCAAUCCGGAGCGCAUCAAAAAGCUACACGUCGACAAGGUCAACGGAGACGGGUCUGGACCUGCUGGAGCCAAGCUGGAGGAAUACGAGUUCUUCAGGCGGAUCGCCGUGCUCUUCGACCACCGUUCGGAGCCGGAGGAGAUUAACGCGCUCGUGGAAGAAGUUAAUGCGUGGGUCGCGCGAUCGACCCGUCUAUCCGAUGCGUCUGGUUCCGAGGUCACGGUGAGUUUGAUCGUCUGUGCACGGUACAGCUGGUACAGCUGUAGGCCUUUUUUCAAUCGCGCCACGCUUGAGGCCUGGCUUGACGCGUAG